AGUCAAAAAAAAGUUACAACUUACAACUUACAACUGCGAUAACUUCAAAUGCCGUAUUCUAACUUUCAGAAAGCCUGAGUUACCUAGACAAUGGCAAGAUACUCGGUCCAGCUUUGGUAACAUUCUCUUCCACUUCCGGGCGACCCUCAUAAUGGCGUCGCUACGUUUGCCAGUGCCCUCUUUGAGGCUUCUAAGAUUUCUUCGCAUACAGUCGGAAAAUCUAAGCUUCUUCAAUCCCAGCCAUGACCGUGUCGUAAAGUUAGCACAACCCAUGCGCAGGAUAUUAUGCGCAGCCAGGAAGAAUCAAAGAAGUUCUUUGCGAGUAGGAACUGCUUCGGAAGCUUCUUGGCAUGCGCCAUUACAAGCCAGUCUUUUGGAUGUAGAUGCACUUAUACGAACCCGGUGCUACGGAGCUUCGAGAAUAGUUCGUCAGAAGAAUCACCCAUACUUCUCUCCGAAUAUUGGCCUCCGAUACACUUCCUCAAACGGAACUCCACCUCCAUGUCCGCCGUCUUGGCGAGAGAGAUUAUGGGGCUUCGGAUCGAAGAAUACGAAACCUCUAGAGCCAGAUGAUCUACCUGAUGUGGCGGGUGGUGACAAUACUUCCAUGUUUAACAGUCGGCGCCAGCUCAGUCAAAAGGCUGCCUUAGAACCGAGGCUGCGAUGCACUGAAGUUGACGAGAAUGGGAAUGUUAUACUGGUAGACGGCGAGUUUAAGAAGAGCGAGCUUAUUGCCAGGUUUGGCUUGCUGCCUCGCGAUUUGCGCAAGAUUGACUCGUCCAACUUACCGCAUAUUCUCGUUCGACCGACCGCUAUCCUACUUAAUCUCUUACACCUUAAGGUCCUCAUUAAAUACAACCGUGUCUUACUAUUCGACGUAUAUGGCUCUAAGGCAUCUUACCCGCAGUCGGCUUUUAUGUACGACCUACAAGGAAAGCUCCAGCAAAAGGCGGUACCCGGAAAUGUAGGUCUUCCUUACGAGUUUCGAGCUCUCGAAGCUGUUCUUCAAUCCGUUACUCAGGAGCUGGAAGCCGAUUUCGAAGCGGUCCGCGAUCCGGUAAUCCGUAUAUUAAGCGAGCUGGAGGAUGAUAUUGAUCGGCACAAGCUGCGCAUCUUGCUUGUUCUUUCUAAGCGAGUCAGCACUUUCGUACAAAAGGCAAAGUUAGUCCGUGAUGCUAUUGAGGAACUUCUCGAAGCCGACGACGAUUUGGCUUCGAUGUAUCUUACUGAGAAGACACACGACAUCCACCGAGAGCUUGACGACCACACUGAAGUUGAGAUGCUGCUAGAGUCGUAUCAUAAACUUUGCGAUGAAAUCGUCCAGGAAGCGCAAAACUUGACAUCAGGUAUUCGAAAUACCGAAGAUAUUGUUCGAGCAAUUCUGGAUGCGAACCGUAACUCUCUGAUGCUUUUAGAUUUAAGAUUCAGUGUUGGAACGCUGGGUCUAGCGAUGGGUACCUUUAUUGCCGGCCUCUACGGUAUGAACCUUGAGAACUUUAUCGAAGAAACGCACUGGGGUUUUGCCAUGGUUACGGCCGUUUCCGUCGUAAUGUCCUUAUGGGUAUGCAAAUACGGUCUAGACAAGCUCAGAAAAGUCCAGCGCGUCAAGAUGCAGGGUGACGACAGGAAGAGCUUGGGACCCGAUUACCAUUGGUUUCAUGAUGAAGGGAACGUGGGGCUUUUAGACCCCAGGAACCGCGAGAUGAUAAGACGGCUUAAUAUGAAAAAGGCGGAUCAGGCUGAGAAAAAGAAGCGGUGGUAAAAAAAAAGAGAAAAAAAAGGCUACGCAAAAUUGUGUGCUAUCAAAAGGCCAUGAGAUUCAAAUGGCCCCCCCUGCACCUGGGAAAGCAUACUACUAGGCGUCAUGGUAAGUCGACAUUUCCUGAAGUACAGUAGAUGAGUUUGGAGUCGGCAAUCUGUGUGUAUUAGAUUCUGUAACUGAAGGCAUUCUCGUCUCAUAGAUCUGGUUGGGCAUCUCUAUACCCCUUAUAGACCGAUUAAGCUACUCCACUCUCCAUUGAAUUUGCCGCGGGUUAUUCUCAACAGCAGCGCAAUUAGGUUGUUGCUAUUAGCGUCCUGUGGGAAGAUAUUGGAGAGAGAGGGGGUAUGUAGAUCGAUGUAUAUUUAUAUAUUUAUGUACAACUUGGCCCUUGUCUUACGCGUUGCUAGAAGCGAAUAUUAAGGAUGGAUGAAGGAAAGAAAUUACAUUUGUUUAGAUACCUGCCAGUCUUCUCUUUCCAAGUCCUAUUCCUCAACAGCCAUCUAACCUAUUCUCUCCCCUUCUUCCCAUCCAGUUCCACCCACCAACCACUCAUCAACAUCUCACCACCCCUCACCACCACUCGCCCCUUACUCCCUUCCUCUCUUACUCCCCUCACAGCUCGCUCUCAGUAACGUUCUCAAACCUCGCAUACUCCUCAUUCACCUCUUCCACCACCUCAAGCCUAACCUCCCCGUCGCCCAGCUCCUCCACGCGCACGGAGCUCGCCCCCGCGUACCC